AGCACAUGUGGUGGCUGGUGGGAGUGCACGACAGAUGGCCUUCAAGAAAGGCCGCAUCUACGUAGAGUAUCUCGCUCGGCCGGGCCUGCUCUGUCAUCGAAUAGGGAGGACCGUCUUCCCGGCCGCGCAUUGCCGUCAUAUCCCCCUCCGGUCCACUGAUAUCAUCAUACCCGCCAAUACCGACUCGUCUAAUUCCCCCACCACCCCCGCCUGGCUUGGCAUGGCAGCCGUUGGUUGCCGGCGUCAGAGGAAGAAUUCAGAUCCGCUUCGACAUCGCAUUGCCGCCGCCACAACACCUUCUACAACUACCCCCUCAUACAACCACACCACCACCCGAGUAGGCAUCAGACCACUUCUCUUCGCGCGAAGAAACACCACACACCACACACCACACACCCACAUACUGCAGUUCGGGUUCCCCACCCCUGCCACAGACCACAGAUACAACACAUACAUACCCGACGCAUUCCCCUCCAUAUCGCAUCCCCGAUGCCUUCCCCCGCCAUGGUGGCGCGAUGUGCACAGGCCUCGCGACUGGCCUCGCGCACCUUCCUCGCCUCGACGCGCCCCUCCGCCCUCAGAUCGCCAGCUGCGUUGCGACCGCUGCAGAGGAGCCGGAAUUAUGUCUCGCCGUCGAGCAAGAACCCUGCCGCCGUCAACGUCGAGAACCGCCAGAUCGAGACGAAUGAGGUGCUGAAGCAGACCGGCCGGCUACCGUCGGAUAUCGACGUGGGCGGUGGAAUGACGGCCGAUGCGAUGAUGUCGCCCCAGGCAGGCAUAUUGAAGCAGGCGACGAUAAUGGACGAGGGCUCGCGUCCCAUUUACAUGGACAUGCAGGCGACGACCCCGACGGACCCCAGGGUGCUCGACGCGAUGCUGCCGUUCUACACAGGUCUCUACGGAAACCCGCACUCGCGGACGCAUGCGUACGGCUGGGAGACGGAGAAGGCGGUGGACGAGGCGCGUGAGCAUGUUGCCGGCUUGAUCGGUGCCGAUGCGAAGGAGAUUAUCUUCACGUCGGGCGCGACCGAGUCAAACAACAUGUCGAUCAAGGGUGUGGCCAGGUUCUACAAGGCUAAGAAGAAGCACAUCAUCACGUCGCAGACGGAGCACAAAUGUGUGCUCGACUCGUGCCGCCAUCUGCAGGAGGAGGGCUUCGAGAUCACCUACCUGCCCGUCAUGGCUAAUGGUCUGAUCGACCUCAAGGAGCUGGAGGCCGCCAUCAGACCCGACACGUCGCUCAUUUCCAUCAUGGCCGUCAACAACGAGAUCGGUGUGAUCCAGCCCAUGGAGGAGAUCGGAAAGCUGUGCAGGAGCAAGAAGAUCUUCUUCCAUACGGACGCGGCCCAGGCUGUCGGAAAGAUCCCGAUCGAGGUCAACAAGUGGAACGUCGACCUGAUGAGCAUCUCCGGACACAAGCUUUACGGACCGAAGGGUAUCGGUGCGUGCUUCGUUCGAAGACGGCCCAGGGUCAGAAUCGAGCCCAUCAUUUCCGGUGGUGGACAGGAGCGAGGCUUGAGGAGUGGAACGCUGGCGCCACCGUUGGUUGUCGGCUUCGGCGAGGCUUGUCGGAUAGCCAAGGAGGAACUCUCGUACGACCACGCGCGCGUCUCCUACCUCUCCAAGCGCCUGCAAGACGGGCUCCUAUCGAUGGAGCACACGACAUUGAACGGCAGUCCGGAGCACCGGUACCCGGGCUGCGUGAACAUCUCCUUCGCGUACGUCGAGGGUGAGUCUCUCCUGAUGGCGCUGAAAGACAUUGCGCUCUCCUCGGGGUCCGCAUGUACCUCUGCAUCCCUCGAGCCGUCGUACGUCCUCCGUGCCCUCGGGUCCUCCGACGAGAGCGCACACUCUAGCAUCCGCUUCGGAAUCGGAAGGUUUACCACCGAGGCGGAGAUCGAUUACGUCCUCGAGGCCGUCAAGGCACGUGUCAACUUCUUGCGCGAGUUGAGUCCGCUGUGGGAACUCGUGCAGGAGGGCGUGGAUUUGAACACUAUUGAGUGGAGUGGGCAUUAGUGGAGUGGCUAGGCGUGGUGUAACGACGACGAGAAUUGCAUUGAUGGGUUGGGCUGGGUUGGGUUGGGUCGGCUGCGUGGUUUGCUGCUUCUUUUACUUUACUUUCCGUUCCGUUCUGUUCUGUGACGCUUUCGGGGGUUGGGG